AUGGAUAUUGAAGAAGCAAAUAAGUUCAUAAACUCAUUAGUUAAAAAUCUACAAGUUUUAUGUCAUGGUCAUGUGAACUUUAAUAAUUCUAUACAAGUUAUAGGACAUUUAUAUCUAAAUGUUGACAGUCAGACUAAUAUAGAUUAUAUUGUUAAUGAAAAAGUAUGUAAAAAUGACAAUUCUUCUACAAUGUUUGUUAGUAACAGUUAUCAUUCCGAGCCUAAACUAAAAAAGAAAUCAAAAGAUAGUACCAACAAUAACAGCUGUGAAUCAAAAGAUCAGAGACCGCAAGAAUCUCAGGAACCAAGGAAACACCAGAAACCUCAAAGAUCUGAAAGAGAAGCAGAUUUUCAAAGUUCAUUUUCUGGUCACAGAAGUCCUCGUCCAGCUCCAAUACAUCAACAAGUUUAUAAACGACCAAGUCAGGAUAUUUUAUCACCAAUAUUACGACAUGAAAACUGUGGGAAAAAAAGAUUGAGAGUGUCUGAAACAUCAAGUGAAUCUCCCAUGUUAAAUUUAUCAAAUAUUAAAAGUGAACCACAAGAGGUUGAUAAAGAAGAUGAAAGUGAUUGGUCUUAUUAUGAUCACAAUCAAUCAUCACAAGGAUCAAUAGAAGAACUAAGUAAUGAGUUUAUAUCUGGUAUAAGAGAUAAAAAGUUAGGUGUAUAUCCUGUAGCAGUUCAUCCAAAUGAGGAUAAUAUACCAUUUAAUCUACCCCAAAUAUCUACACCUUCUUCAUCUUUACAUUCUACUCAUGAUGGUGAUUCAGGAGGAACACCAUUUCAAGUCCAGCCAGAACCACUCAGUUUGUCAUCACUUUUUGGUCCAACUAGAAAAUCCUAUAGUGUUUGCAUGAAAAAGAAAAUGUGUCAAUAUAAAGAAGCCAACCCUAGUGCUACGUAUGAUGAAAUUAUAGAACAUUUGAAGACAGAAUACAAUAUUGAAAUAAUAUCCAGUGCCAUUGAGACGAUAUUUCAUAAUAACCCAACAAGACAAGCAUAUAGUGUAGCAAGAAAGAAAUAUAUUUGUCGUUAUCUUGAGGAUAAUCCACAUCUUAGCCGUACUGAUGUUGUAGAUCAUUUCAAUCAGAAAUUUGGAACCAAUAUGUUGUAUGGAACUCUAAACAAUAUUUUAAGAAAGAAAGAAAAAUGGAUGAGUAUUCCUGAAGGACAGGCACAGAAUAUGAAAUGUAAAAUUACUCUAUGA